AUGUCCCGAGUCCGCGUGCCAUCGCUCGGCCGCCAGAGCGGCGGCUGGCGCAAGGCGUCGGCGGCCAUGCACCUUGGACCGCCGCCAGUAGCACACAUGUCAACCAAGCGCAACGCGCAUGUCAACUCGGUCGCCAAGAACGUGACGGUCAACGACAUGCACCGGAUGAUUCUGCCCACGUCGUCGGUCCUGCACCCACGCGAGAACACUGCUUGGCAAGUCGUCGAAGCCCGCCACUUUGACGAGUUUAUCCCCGUGCCGCCCCACUGGCACACGACGCUGGCCGCGCUCCAGGACGAGUGGGAGUGGCACUUUGACAACGUCGUGCAUCUGCAGUGCGCGCUCACGCACUUUAGCGCAAUCGACUCGCACAAGAUUCCGCAUUUUCCCGCCAACCGCGUCGCCAACCGCAGCCUCGAGUGGCUCGGUGACGCUGUGCUGCAAGCCUGUGCGUCCUCGUACCUCUUCCAGUCGUACCCGACAACGCAGGAAGGCCAGCUCACACAGCUGCGCUCGGCGCUCGUCAAGAACCACGUGCUUGAGGUCGUCUCGGAGCAGCUCAAACUCCCUUCUGCCAUGAUUGUCGGGACGUCGAUCUCCCAGCACGACCACGAGACGACGCCGCAAGCUAUCAAGGUGCGGCAGACGGUCCACGCGAGCGCAGUCGAAUCGCUCAUUGGCGCCGUGCUUCUGGAUCAGGGCAUGGUGCGUGCGAUGGAAUUUGUCAACACGCGGGUGUUGCCGCUGGCGAUUGAGUACGCUGUCUCGGCGACCAACUGGGAUCCUAUUAGCGAACUCAACCGCGAAGCUGCGGCAAAUGGCGCGACGAUCCGCUACGACGAGACGAAGCUAGAGAACAACGUGCACCAGGUCAUCGUCGUCAUCAACGACAAGGCGAUGGCCACGGCCCACGACGGUUCGUUUAAAAUGGCGCGCCAGAAGGUGGCCUCGCAAGUGCUCGAGCAACUGAAACUGCACCCGCAGCUGUUCUUUGCCACGUAGACAAUGAGAUAAUAUCGAUACGUGCAUUGGCGUCGCCGUUAAAACUCGGCUUCUUCGCCACUCGACCC